UAAUAAUGCAAAAGGUUUUAAGGUUUCAUUUUGGUGUCUUGUCAAGACCUAAAUUACACAUAUAUGAUAGAGGUAGCAAACACACUCCAUCAGGAAUCAGAGCUACAAUACAUGGAGGUACUAGUUUUUCAGGAAUAUACAUGGGUGGUAUACUUGGAAAUAUUGGUUCUGAAUUAAUAUUCCCUCAUAAUCAUUAGUAAAAAAUUUGAUUGAUCUAUAUAGAUACAAUUAUGAAGAUCAUGUAAGAGAAUUGAAAACAACAUCUGGACCAGGUCAAAAUUGGCUUUUACAUGAUAUGAAUUAUGAUAAUAAAGAAAUGAUAGAAUGGACUAUGAAAAAUUCAAAUGUAGUAGUAAAUUUACUUGGACCAAGAAAACAUCUUAAAAAUAGAAAAGAUUUUGAAUGGAUUAAUAUAAUAGUACCAAAAAGAAUAGCAGAAGCUUGUGCUAAGAAUCCAGGAGUGAUUAGAUUAAUUCAUUUUUCAGCUUGUGGUGCAAAUCCUCAUGCAGAAUCUUUAGAUCUUUAAACAAAAUAUAUAGGUGAAUAAGAAGUAUUAUAUAUAAAAAUAUAUAGGUACUUAAUGCUUUUCCAAAUGCUACAAUAUUUAGACCUAGUGUAAUGGUAGGAGAUAAUGACGAUUUUGCUUAUCACUGGCAAGUGUAAAAGAGAUACUUUCAUAAUUUCAAUAUUGUUCCAGAUAAUUGUUAAGCUAAAAGAUAACCUGUAUUUUGAUAAAAUUGAUAAAGAUAUUUGUUUAAGAUGUUGCUUAAGCAAUGUUAAAUGCAUUGAAAAUGCCAGAAACAAUAGGUUAGACAUAUGAAUUGGGAGGACCUCAUGUUUAUACAUUGUUAGAAUGCUAUGAAAUGUUUCACAAUAUUGUUUAAAGACCUCCAAAAUUGGCUCAUGUUGAUAAAUAAUUAUUAUUGAAGAUUGGUAUUAAGAUUACUAUUUAAUUUAUAGCUUAAUAUAUUCCAAAUUGGAAAUAUUUUAAUAUUGAUUACAUUCUGAAACACGGAGAUGAUAUGAUAGUUCAAUAAGGAUCUAAAACUAUUGAUGAUUUAUGUGUUAGACCUCUCUCACUUACUUAAGCUCUUUAAAAUAUAUUCUGGGAUAUUUAAGCAAGAUAUGGAGGUUCAAGUGAAUUAUAUGAGAGAUGAAUUUAUAUAUCUAAAGUUAUG